AUGAUAAGUAAAUGCGAGACUUGCCAACGUGAAAAUUUUACGAGAAUUAGACACAGAGAACUAGCAUUCAUCUCUGACACAAUUAAAGAUCGAAAUAACAAAAUAGCUAUGGAUAUAUACGGACCAUUACAAAUGACCAGCAAAAGUAAUCAAUAUAUGAAUAAGCUCAUAUUAUUGGCAACGCUAACACUAGUGAUAGGCGAAGACAUUGAACUUACAAAUCUAGAAGAUAAGAAUUUACUUAUACAGAAAGUUUUCCUUUAUCAUAACGAAGUAAAAGAGUCUCCGGAAAUUAACGUGUUAAAAGUUAUAAUAAAUACAUUAGAGAAUAAAUAUGUACAUUAUAAGAACGUGAUGCAUCUAAGAGUAAAGACAGGACUGUUUAAUUUUGUAGGAAGUAUUUCUAAGACCUUAUUUGACACAUUAGACGAUAGCGACCUAGAAUUAAUCAAUCAAAACAUAGACAAACUUUUCCACCUAAACAACAAAAUUAUACAGAUACAAGUAGAUACCACAAUAACUGCGAUACUUAUAGAAAAACAAGGAAUAAUUCACCCGGAUAUCCUAAUUAAUGAGCAACUUUUAUUGGCUUAUACAAAAUUAAUAAAGGAAAGUAACACAGACAAUGCCAUAGAACCAAUGGAAGAAAACGUUCAACUGAUUUAUGAUAUUAGCGAUAAAAAUUAA